CAUAUAUUUAUUUUAAACACAGCGCGUUCACACUGCCUUGAAAGGAAGUGCAGCCCUGGUAGAUUAAUCGCUAAGAAUAUUGCCAGCCAUUGAAAAUGCAGAAAAUCAUGGCGAAACUAUUCUGAUGGUUUUUCUGCCAAAACAAUGCCUAAUGAGACAUGUAAUUUGCAUUUGAACAAUCUUUCUUAUAUUUGAUCCAACUAUUAAAAGAUCUAAUGUAAUUCUCGCGUAAAGAAUUAAAUUCGAAAGCGUAAACAACGUCGGAAUACGAGUCCGCGACAGCCGUGUUAUUUAACAAUUUUUGGAGCUUCGGCGAGUGUGUCCGCCGGCAGCUGAAACACUGAAUCGCAGUAUCGGCCAGUUACAGCGAGUUUAAACUUUCAAAAGAGUAGUGUUUGCAUAAUUUACAGCAAAAAAAAAAAACUGUGGAAACCGAACACUAAAUCGUUUUUUAGGAGCAGUGCAGUGAAGUGUCGAACCUUUUCAUUUGCCUGCGCGACUGUGGCGCUGUGGAUUAGCACAUAUCUUCUCGAUAAUCAUGUAAAGAAAACGUCACACGAAUAUGUGCUUGUGCAGAGAGCCAGCGAUGUAAAUAAAAUUGGAGCUGCUCCCGAGAAAUCUUACCGCAAAGCAAUAAAAACUUUGAUGUCUGAGUGUUACUUGCCGACCGAGUAUCUAUAGCGAUCCAAACAACGAAAUCCCAGCAUAACCCAUAGAGAACUGAAGUAGGUGUCUGCGGAUCUAGCGAGUGUUCUUAUCCCGACCGUCGAGACGCUACGAUGCAUGCAUCCUCCGCCGCGGGGACCGCACUUGUGGAGUACUCGGACGUCAGCUCGGAGGACUUCUCUGACCAGGAGACUGGCGACUUGGAAACAGACGCCGGCAAGGGGGUCGGAAACAUUAAAAAACCAAAGCCAGCUGGUGAUAAUCAGUUUCCCAAAGGUCGUCUUGGUGUCAAGCCCGAUAAGGAGGGCUAUGAUAACUAUAGGAGUAGACGGGCAGAAGACUCUAUCGAUCCUGCUGCGGCCGGAUCGAGGCAAACUUCGAGCAGCGAGGCCACCAACCCGCGGGAGGAUCCCUCUCAGACAUCCAACUCGAAGGACGAGUUGUGGGGCAGGGAUAUCUACAUGUACAGCGACUCCAUCGACACCGACGAAAUUGAGGCGGAGAUGAAGCGGCAAAAGCGUAAAAAACAAAAGAAGGACAAGCACAAACACAAGUCCAAGAAGAAGUCUAAGAAGCGCAAGAAGAAGCGGGCCAAGUCGUACUCCAGCAUCGAUUCAAUGUCGGACAAUGACAUCAAUGCCUUAUUGGACCGGCGUUACACCCCGCCGACGGCUCCUAACAAGAGCAACGAGCGAACGGUAAGUGCCGCGCCGUCCACCUUCACCCCACACAACCUCAAGGAAAGCAGUUCGCCGGCCACUCCGCCGCCGGCUCGUCGCCCGAAUGCCAAUAGCACCUACUACGGAGAGUCGUCCGUGGAGACAGCUAACACCGCGCUGGGUAGCAACCUACAGGUCACCGUAACGAACAAGCAAACAAGCAGCAGCCGGCACCGCUCACCUCCUCCUUCUACCCGCUCCAGUGGAAAUGGGCCUAGAUUUGGUAACUCACCGCGAACUCCUCCGCCCUCUCACUACACCUCGUCCAGCGGUGCCGGCGGUGGCAGUGGGUCGGUGGCGCGCGAUUCACGCAGCUCCCGCUAUGCAAAUAGUCCCCACAAGGAUGACUUAAAUGCGCAUCACCGCUCCAGUCACGAUCACGGCUAUCAGGCUCGUUACUCGGGAGUCGGUUCUAGCAGCCACGAUGCCAGAAAGGUGAAACGCUUGUCACCGGAGUUGGACCGUUACAACCAUCAGCCAAGCACGCCGCCGCACAAACGACGGAAGUUUAGCGAUGGCAGGGAUGUGAGUCUCGGAAGCUUCGAGCAUAGCAGACACCACUCUGGCAAAUACGAACGGUACAGCAGGGAUCGAUAUUCCAGAAGGUCAUCAAGAAGUCCCAGUGUGCAACACUCGCGAAGUCGACAAUCUCCCAUCGGUGGCCUCUCGUCCAGUGGAGCGGGUUCGAAUGCGUUCCGUCAUGGCAGUAGUCACAGACACAAGUACGGAACUACUGCUAGUUCGCCGUCUUCCCACACGACGAGGUCCUCUAAGCGCGCUUCCGGAGCUGGGACCUCUGGUGAUCGCUACUCGAGGUCGCCCAGGACAAGUUCGCGCUACUUGGACGCUUCACCACCGUCGCCAGUCGCAGCUUCCAGCUCGCAUCACCAUCACCAUCGUCGCUCGCCAAAGAUGCGCCAGAGGACCAGAGCAGGCAGCCGCCGCCGUUCGCCCAGUUCGCCCAGCAGCGGCAGCUCCGCUUCUCGCAGUCGAUCGCCUACGUCGAGAGAUCUUAAACACAAGCGCGAAGAGUAUAUCAAAAAGAUAAGCGAGACAAGUCUGUUUGCCGAGCUUGUUAAGGACCGUCACAAAAGACAGAAGGCGCUUAAGGAAAUCAUAGAGCGACAGGAAGAGAACAGCAACAGCAAUAGCAACAGCAAUGGUGCUUUGACCAUCAACGACAACAGUUCCUCGGUGGAUGGCAAUACUCCCAACACGGGUGACUGUCGAUCUGGUCCAGGAAGUGGAACACCCGCAGCGGUGUCGACGACUUCUAACGGGCUUGAAGUGUUGGCCAACAAACCAGAUCUGGACCUCAACAACAUUCCCAUGCCAAACAAGGAGAACGAAACUCUGGUUUCGAACCCAGGUCCUAGCGCCGAUGUUCCGGACAGUACCACCCCGUCAAAGCAACCAUUGUUAGUGACACCCUUCUCGGCCAGUAAGAGCAACCUGAAACCGAAGAGUCUGACCUCUUUGCCGCUGCCUCCUGGGAUGAACGCUCUCGAUCUGGUCAACGCAAGAUCUCCUUCACCUGCGAAGAAAAAAGAAUCGGAUGAGAAAAACGUCAAUUCCAGCGUCAGCGCCAACAAGAGCGUGCUUAAUCUUCCCAUGCCGCCAGUGAUUCCUGGCAGUGAGGAACUCAGCGGCGACGACGAUGUCAUUGACAGUCCUGAAGACUUUGAUGCCCCACCCGGUACAAAUUUACACAGCCAAACUGCUGGGCAAGGAGCCCGUCGCCGCCCAGUGAUACUUAAUCGACGAGAUUCGCGAAACAACGUUCGCGACUGGGGUGAGCGGUGUGUGGAUGUCUUCGAAAUGAUUGCCCAAAUAGGAGAAGGAACUUACGGACAGGUUUACAAGGCGCGGGAUCAUCACACCAACGACAUGGUGGCGCUGAAAAAGGUUCGGCUUGAGCAUGAAAAGGAAGGUUUUCCUAUUACAGCCGUGCGUGAAAUCAAAAUACUGAGGCAACUGAACCAUCGCAAUAUUGUCAACCUGCAUGAAAUUGUGACGGACAAGCAGGACGCAGUGGAGUUUCGCAAGGACAAAGGAUCGUUCUACCUGGUGUUCGAGUACAUGGAUCAUGACUUGAUGGGCCUACUUGAGUCGGGCAUGGUCGACUUUAAUGAGGAGAACAACGCUAGCAUUAUGAAGCAGCUUCUGGAUGGUCUUAACUACUGCCACAAAAAGAAUUUUCUGCAUCGGGACAUCAAGUGUUCCAACAUUUUAAUGAAUAACAGAGGAAAAGUAAAACUGGCGGACUUUGGACUGGCACGACUUUACAAUGCCGACGAUCGGGAACGACCCUACACGAACAAAGUAAUCACCCUUUGGUAUCGGCCGCCAGAACUGUUGCUGGGUGAGGAGCGGUAUGGACCGUCAAUAGACGUUUGGUCCUGCGGAUGCAUCCUAGGAGAACUCUUUGUAAAGCGGCCACUAUUCCAAGCGAAUGCAGAGAUGGCUCAGCUUGAAACCAUAUCGAAGAUCUGCGGAUCACCGGUUCCCGCCGUGUGGCCGAAUGUAAUUAAGCUGCCUCUAUUCCACACACUCAAGCAAAAGAAAACACAUCGUCGUCGCCUGAGGGAAGAUUUCGAGUUUAUGCCGGCGCCUGCACUAGAUCUGCUAGACAAAAUGCUGGACUUGGAUCCUGACAAGCGUAUAACAGCCGAGGAUGCACUCCGGUCGCCAUGGCUCAAAAAAAUCAACCCUGACGAGAUGCCGACGCCACAAUUGCCAACGUGGCAGGACUGCCAUGAGCUUUGGAGUAAGAAGCGCCGUCGGCAGCUGCGGGAACAACAGGAGUCGCUGCCUCCAACAGUGAUAGCCUCGACCAAAUACCAACAACAUGGCGCUGCCAUGGUGGGGGACGCUUAGCAUUUGCUGUAUGCUUCGCUUUUCAACGUGAGAGAGAGCUACAAACAGCGUGAUGGCGAGGAGUGUUCCUGGUGGCACUAGUAUCUAGCUGUAUCUAGCAAUUAACGAAACCAAUAAUAGGAAUCUGUUAUCCUCGGACAGGGCCAGAAUAGGUUAUCUUGGACUUGCUCUAGCCGCUGUCGAGUUUAAGACAGCUUCAAUAAAGUCUUGGCUACAUUUACAAAUUGCUUUAUAUGUUGGGCAAAUUUAAUCAAUCACUGUAUAAACGAAGUGUUAUAUAUAAUCGCAGGUACAUUUAAAAAAAAAGGUUUUAUUUUUCAAUUUAAUUUACGUUGCUAUUAGUGUUUUUAAUUUUGGAAUCGAAAUUUGGCAAUCUGAAAACAUCGUGCAUGAACGGGAAUGUAGCGUUCACGUAUCGAAAUUGUAAACUAGUAACUCAAUACGUAUUCGUAUCAUUCAAGGCGAUUUGUAAGUGACCGAUCAUGUUUCAAGCUACGAAAUAAGCGUAUACAGUGAAGCAGUUAAAGAUUAGCAUUUUAAUAUAAACAAAUUGUUAAAUAAUAAUAGACUACAGAUAGUGUAUUGAAUAGUUUAGUUUAUUGUUAAGUAUUUAAGAAAAGUGUAAAUUAUAAAUGAAUUUAUCAAGUAAAUAUGUACUAAUUUACCCAUACGCAGGCAUUUGAUAAGUUUGUAUUUUAAUAUGAUGUUUGAGCGCACCCAACAUCAGAACUAGCUGCAUGACGUGCGUUAGACUGAAAUCGAUCCACUCCAAAUUACAUAUGUAAAUAGGUUGAAUAUUUUUACUAUAACACAGACGAUCAACAAAAGUAACAUCUCAAAAUCAAACCGACUAAAUUAAUUUUUGGUACACCAAACGCUAUAUAAAUAAAAGUAAACAAUAAAAAGUGUAUUUUAAAUCUA